AAGAAAGCCAAGACGGACGAGAAGCCUAUUUCGAGUCGACAGCUCAAGGUGGGCGAGACUGUUCCCGACAUAACUCUCAAUGACGAGUCAGGCCAGAGCGUAGAGGUCGGGAAGCUCAAGAAGGCCGUAAUAUUCAUGUACGUGGUGGUAUAAGCCUCCGAGAUGGGUGACUGAAAUGUUCUUGCACGUGCUCACGCAUUUGUGUCCCCUACGCCCUCUUGAUGGAAAGGUAUCCCAAAGCUAACACUGGCGGGUGCACGAACCAAGCACAGGCGUAUCGCGACGAGUAUGCCUCGUGGCAGGAGCUGGGCUACAGCGUGUAUGGUCUGUCUUCUGACAACGUCACACCGCUCAAGAAUUGGAAGGAGAAAUACAGCUUCGAGUACAAGCUGCUCUCUGACCCUCCACGCAACUUGAUUGGCCUCUUGACUGGCACAAAGUCUAAGACAAUCAGAAGCCACGUGGUCAUCGACUCGAACGGAAAGCUCGCGGAUAUCAAGCUGAAUGUGCCUGCGAAAGAAAGCUCAAAGCAGGCGCUUGCAGCAGCUCAGAAAGCGGCAUGAGCUUAGACCUGGCCAGCGUGCUCUGUGUAGAUCAGUUCGGCACUUCCAGAGCACCUGUGCUAGCAUCGACGCACCAAUCGAUCCAC